GGCCCAGAGAGAUGAAGUCACUGACCCACAGUCACACAACUGGGCCACGGAGGACCUAGCUGAGGCACUGUCUGUCUGGAGUUCUUUCUGCCUCCUCCUUUCCAGAAGAGGUGCCCAGAAGACUGCUGUGACUCUCCACCCCCUCCUGGGUUCAUCCUGUCAGGGGCACCCAGUCCUAGAGAGCAGCAGGCCAGGCGCCUGCCUGAAGGGCGGGGACACACGCAGGAGAACCGGCCGAGCGGGCGCCACUGGGCUCCAGCCAGGCCUGCGCGGGGGCCACGGGCAGGGAGCUGGGGCCGCGGGGGCCACCACCAGGAACGGGCCUCGGACGUCACGGCCCGCCAUGCAGAAAAACUACACCGCCCACUUCACCAAGAGUGCCCGGCCCCCGAACGAACGAUAUUUUUGGGAUCCUGAAUUGGGGCACCAAAAAGGAUGCUGUCGUCAGUGGUACCAGGACCAGGUGGCCACUCGUGCCCAUGGGCCCUGUCAGCUGUCCCCACAGGCUCACUGGCAGCAGGCCUACUGCAGCCACAGGGGUUGCAGCAGCUGUCGCCGGUGUCCCCAACCCUUCAUUGUGCAGCGACAGCGGCGGCAGCAGCAGCAGCAGCAGCAACAGCAGCAGCGACAACCCUCACCCCUCCCUCCCAGCCCCCUGAGGCAGCGGCUCUGCCCAGUUCGCGGGGCCCAGAAGGGCCCACCCGCGAUCGCCGCUGCCCACACGGGACCAGCCAGCGCCGCCCCCCAGCCCGCCACCUCCUCACCCACCGCAGUAGCAGUCGAGGCCAGCCACGGCCCAGCCCUGCCCUCUGCAGCCGGCGCCCUCCUGGAGCCCAGCGAGCCCACCGAGGCGCGGCCCCUGCCUGCGCCCGCCGCCUGCGGCUCCUUCACCGCCUACGGCGCCGACAUCCUGACGGAGGAUGAUGUCUACUGCAGCUGUCUGGCUAAAACUCUGUGUCACGUGCCUGUCCCCGUGACCGUGGGUUUCUACGCCCCCUUUGGCUGCCGUCUUCACCUGAUGCUGGACAAAAUCAUGACGUUGAUGCAGCAGGAGGCCGCGCAGCGCGAGAGCGAGGAGCUGCAGCGCGUGCAGUGGCGGCCUCGGAGCGUGCGCGGCUGGGGCGUCCCGCAGCUGCUGUGGUACCUGGUGUUUCUGCAGCCGAUGAUCACCGAACUGCACCUGCGUCGCAGGAACGUGCGCUUCCUCUUCAUCCGCUUCAGCGCCUGGCAGUACGCGGGCACGGACAAGCUGUGGGCGGGGCUGGUGACCACCCUGUGCGAGGGCAUCCGCCACCACUACGGCGCGCUGCCUUUCAGCGUGUACUCGGUGCUGGGCAACAAGCCCGGUGGCCCGCGCGAAGGCCACUGCCUACGCGAGUGGCAUUGCCGACGCCGCGUGUGCCUGGCGCUGCUGGCGCUGCUGGCCGCGCUGUGCCUGGGCGUGGGGCUGCUGUACCUGUCACUGGGAGGCCACGCGCCGGGCCACGCGGGUCGUGGCAUGCUCAAGGCGCUGGGCGGCGCGGCCACCACGUUGUCGGGCUCCGGGCUGCUCAUGGCCGUGUACUCCGUGGGCAAACACCUGUUCGUGAGCCAGCGCAAGAAGAUCGAGCGCCUGGUGUCGCGUGAGAAGUUCGGCAGCCAGCUGGGCUUCAUGUGCGAGGUGAAGAAGGAGGUGGAGCUGCUCACAGACUUCCUAUGCUUCCUGGAGAUCUAUCAGCGACGCCGGCUGCGCGUGGUCCUCGAGGUCACCGGGCUGGACACGUGCUACCCGGAGCGCGUGGUGGGAGUCCUGAACGCCAUCAACACCCUGCUGUCCGACAGCCACGCGCCCUUCAUCUUCAUCCUGGUGGUGGAUCCCAGCAUCCUGGCCGCGUGCCUGGAGAGCGCGGGCAACAUGAAGGGCACGGCGGACAACGGCUACCUGUUCCUCAACCGCACGGUCACGCUGCCCUUCUCGGUGCCGGUCAUGGGCCGUCGCACCAAGUUACAGUUCCUGCAUGACGCGGUGCGCAGCCGCGACGACCUGCUUUUCCGAGAGCUGACGUUCAAGCUGCAGUCGCAGAGCCUCGGGGGCUCAGGCUCAGGCUCGGGAGAGGGGACGCAGCUGCUGGCGGUGGAGACGCAGGCGGACGCGGAGCGCACGCAGGGCCAAGUGGACGCGGAGGCGGCGCGGCGCAUCCAAGAGGCGCUGAGCUGUCUGCACGACGAGCGCGACUGCCUGUAUGAGUAUGUGCCCGACAACGUGGUGUCCAUGAGACGCAUCGUCAACACGGUGCCCAUCACGGUGCGCCUGUUGCAACAGCAGCAGCACCAGCAGCCCGACCGCGUGGGACCCACGCCGCGCCACGCAGUGGCUUGGGUCGUGCUCGCCAACCAGUGGCCUUGUCGCCUCAGCUGGGUGCUGCAAUGCCUAGAGGACAGGCAGCAGGCGGGGGGCGCGCCCGAGGGCCGCGCGCGUCUCUGGGACGUCUUCUGCGAUAACAGUAGUGAACUGCACACCAUGACCAAGGCCUUACAGAACGUACUGGACCUGGAUGGCGACCCCGAGCUCUUUGAGCGCUUUCUGGGCACUGAUUUCCCCUUCACCGUGGCGGAGGCGCAGAGUUUGCUGCGCUGCACUGUCAACCUGGACCAUUCCAUUCGCCGCCGCAUGGGCCUCAUCCGGGCAGUCAGCGCGCUCAAGCCUCCCACCCCGCCCAAGUCCCCAUCCCGGGAGGAUCCCAAGGCUAGUCCCAAAGAAGGGGCAUCCCAGGAGGGCCAUGGAUCAGGACAUAGUAGAGAGGCGCAUCAUCCCCGGGACCGGACCCACGGGGGCAAGCCAAGGCAGGCGACCCAAGUCCUUUAAUUUCAGGGGUAUAAAAGCUGCUUGGGUGUGGGAUGAACACCAGCCACAGGUGACAGCAACAUCCCGCUUGCCCUGAUGAAGAUGUAAGGGCAGGGCUGAGCUCAAGAACAAUAAAGUAUGGGAUGGUCACACACCCUGAUGGCUUUGGAAGCCAAAGCGUGGCAGGUGGUGGCUUCCUGGAGUUGGCAGCUGCCACGCCGGUGUAUGAGUGAGCAGAGGAGGAUCAGUGAGGAACAUGGGACUCAAUGAAGCAAUAAAGGAAGCUGUGGAAAGCUGGGGCUGCCUUUCAUGUCCUGGAUUUCAGGCUCGGUGAGGAUGCC